AUGGUACAUACCGCUGCGCGCGCGAGGCCUGCUAAGAGGAUGGUUAAUGAGAAGCUUGCGGACACGGACGAGGAGAUGACGGAUCUGACGAAUGAGUCUGAGUCUGAGUUGGAACCCAUAACAGAAGGGGAGGAUGAGACGGAUGAGGAUGAUGAAUCAGAAGAAGAAGCCAUGACAGAAGAGGAAGAUGCAACUGACGAUGAGGAGAUGACGGAGGUUGAGACGGACGAAGAAGACGACGAAAAACUCUUUGAGAAGCUCUUCACUAAAGCAAGGAAACACUACGUCAGACAGGAAGCAAAUGCGGACCGGAUCGAAGACUACCUCGAUAGAAAACCGUGGAAGAAAGUACCGUUGGUCAGUCUUAAGGGAAAGUGGACCCUGUAUUCGAGUGCGUACCUCGACUGCAUGAAAAGAAAAAUCCCGAAAUGGGGUCCAAGAAAGCUCGAAGACUUCGACAUUGGACCACUCCGCAUGAGCAGAUCAGACGAUUCAUAUAGUACUAUGGUGGGUGCAGACCUCUCCGGAGAGUCGGACUUUACUUUCUUCGUCUCAGAGCGGGUUGAGUUCGACUUCAAAGCACCCAAGUGGGCGUCCACAAGGCCCAUGAAGAUAGGUUGUCUUAUCGAGCUGGGAUCUGCUCACAAUAUGGACGAGAAGUCUGUGAACAUCAAUGUCAUGUUUCUGGGGCCCGACGUUUUUAAAAUUACCUUCCGGAGCAAGGACUUGCCCAGCUCGCGGUUUCAAGGCUACGAUGAGAUCACGUUUGUGGCACGGCGGAUCCAGACGCAGGCGCAAGUCAGGGAGGAACAGCGCAAGGCUUCGGCGGAGUGGGCGAACUGUCGGUAUACUGGUCAUUUGCACCCCAGCAAUUGGGGGUUCUAG